CUCUCGAUUUGAGUUUACUCGGAUCUGCUCGUCCGCCGUUCUUCGUGUGCACCAAGUGAUCCUUCACGUCCGAGGAACGUCGAUCUACUUUUCUUUUUCUCCUCUUCAGAAACGAAUUUCCAUGACAAAUUCCGCUUCUCGCGCGGAUCAUCGACUGUGAUACGAAACGAUAUUAGUCAUUCGAUGGAACUGAUAUGAGAGCGAUUUGAAGGAGAAUCAAGAGUGAGAGAGAAAGAGAAAAGAAGGAAGAGAGAGAGAGAGAAAGUACACUUUUGACGGAGUAACAUCGAAAUGGACAGCAAGGGGAGGAAGAUCAUUGUCUGUGACAAUGGCACAGGGUUCGUUAAGUGUGGAUACGCUGGUGCUAAUUUCCCGGCUCACAUAUUUCCAUCUAUAGUUGGCCGACCAAUAAUCAGAGCUGUCAACAAGAUUGGUGACAUUGAUGUGAAGCAAGAGUAUUGCGUUCGUGAUGUACUUAACAUGCCUGACUUAAUGGUUGGUGAUGAAGCGAGUAAACUUCGUUCUAUGUUAGAGAUAAGUUACCCAAUGCAGAAUGGAAUCGUUAGAAACUGGGAAGACAUGUGUCAUGUGUGGGACUAUACCUUCGGCAAGGAGAAAAUGAAUAUUAAUCCUAAAGAAUGUAAAAUUCUAUUAACCGAGCCACCGAUGAAUCCUAUCACGAAUAGAGAAAAAAUGAUCGAGGUGAUGUUUGAGAAGUACGGUUUUGCUGGAACGUACAUCGCGAUUCAGGCGGUGCUGACAUUAUACGCUCAAGGACUGAUCAGCGGUGUCGUCGUGGAUUCAGGUGAUGGUGUCACACACAUUUGUCCUGUGUUCGAAGAAUACGCUUUGCCACAUUUGACCAGACGAUUAGACAUAGCCGGACGCGAUAUUACAAUGUAUCUAAUUAAAUUGUUACUGCUGCGCGGUUAUGCAUUCAACCAUUCGGCCGACUUUGAAACGGUACGAAUGCUGAAGGAGAAACUAUGUUAUAUCGGUUAUAACAUAGAAACGGAAGAAAAGUUAGCUCUUGAAACCACUGUGUUGGUAGAAUCCUAUACUCUUCCUGACGGACGUGUGAUAAAAGUAGGAGGCGAGAGAUUUGCAGCACCGGAAGCACUCUUUCAACCUCACUUAAUUAAUGUCGAGGCGCAAGGAAUAGCGGAGCUAGUAUUUAGCACAAUUCAAGCGGCUGAUAUCGAUAUCAGAAGUGAGUUGUAUAAGCACAUUGUUUUGAGUGGAGGUAGUACAAUGUAUCCAGGGCUUCCAUCGAGGUUAGAGCGAGAGAUCAAGCAACUUUAUCUUCAAAGAGUAUUAAAGAAUGAUACUACCAAACUAAAUAAAUUUAAAAUAAAAAUUGAAGACUCACCUCGACGUAAAGACAUGGUUUUCAUGGGUGGUGCUGUAUUAGCAGAAAUAACAAAGGAUCGAGAUUCCGUAUGGAUAACGCGGGAGGAAUACGAAGAGAAGGGUCUCAGUGUAUUAAAAAAGUUAGGCUCUUACGAAUCAUAAGGAAAGUCAUAGUAAUGUAGGUUAUAACAUUUUUAACGGGCAAUCAAGUGUUUUUUAAAGAAAUGUCGUUCUUGAGAGUUAGAUUCGCGCAGCAGUUUUAUGAUUUGUUAUAUAAUUGUACAACAAUUGUAAAACAAAAUACUUUAAAAGACUUACUUAGCUGUUUGAUAUUAACUCACAAUUCUUUUUCGAUUGAAUGUGAUAACUUCAAUUAAAUAUAAACAGAUAAAAAAUUUUCAACGCAUCAUUCCAGUAAAACACUGGAUAUAAAUAUUGAUUUAAUAAAAUGAUUUUUUUGCCAUGUUUCAAAUAGUUGUAUUUGAUUAAAAUAGUUCGUCAAUCAGGUAUGGAAUACUAUUGCAUUUAAUGUGUAUUUAUAACUCUCAGGUAAAUGUUCAACAUAUCGAUUAAUUUUUAUUGUUUCUUACGAUGAUACCUGAUGAAAACUUCAUUCCUGUUUCUUUGUAUUUAUGUUGAACUCUUCUUUAAAAAGUGUAAAUAUAAUUGAAGUUGUAAAAAUCAUUUUAUUCAGUGUGAAAUACUAUUUGCCUUUUCAUUAUAAUAUGUAAAAAAAAGAACUGCAAGAAUGAUCGACGUUUGACUUUGUAUUUGAAGUCUUUUACACAUACGUAUACAUGUUAUGAAACAUGAGUUAUACGUAAUAUAUAAAAAAAAUAGUAAUCUAUUGUUAAGAAAUGUUUGAAAGAAAUUAAAUGGUUGGAUUGUAUAUAUGCAAUGU